UUUGCAGUUCUGGCCAGGAGGAGGCGACGCUGGAGUUCCUGCUCACAGACUACGAUCAGGUCUACAGGCGGCAGAAGCAACUGGAGCUGGAGAUCCAGGAGGCCUUCCUGCGCUUCAUGAGCUGCCUGCUGAGAGGAUACAGAACCUUCCUGCUGCCCAUCACACAGGCGCCGUCGGACCGGACCACCGACUGCAGCUCCCUGUUCAACCUGCAGGGUUUCCUGAAGUCUCGGGACCGGACGCAGCAGAAGUUUUACAUCCAGAUGAUGAAGACCCAGAUGUUCACUCAGUUCAUCGAGGAGUGCUCCUUCGUCAGUGACCGACACGCUUGCCUCGAGUUCUUCGACGAGUGCGUCCAAAAGGUGGGUGUGGAGAAACCCGAGGAGGUCCGGUUGAUUGAUCUGGAUGAGACUCACAGUGGAGAGCACACCGUCUUUAUCAUGCCUCCUGAGGAGCCGCAGGAAGCUGACGGCUCUGAGUGCCCCGCCCUCUACAGUUAUGAGACCUUCCCGACCCUAAAAGCAGAACUGUUUGACCGACCGCAGGACCAGCUCCGAGUCCCGGCCAAAGGCAGCGCCCCCGAUAGCCCCGCCCCCCGACGCACCAAACAGGAGAUCAAGUUGGCCCAGCAGCGGGCUCAGAAGUACUUUACGGUUCCGGACAUGUGGUCCAAGUGUUUGCUGGGUCACUGUUACGGUCUGUGGUUCAUCUACCUGCCCACCUUCGUCCGGGCCGAGCCCUCCAAGGUCCGGGCCCUGCACACGGCCUACGAUGUCCUGAAGCACAUGGAGACCCGCAAAGUGGUUCUGCCCGACGAGGUGUGUUAUCGGAUCCUGAUGCAGCUGUGUGGUCAGUACGGUCAGCCGGUCCUCGCGGUCCGGGUCCUCCUGGAGAUGAAGAAGGCUGGGAUCACCCCCAACACUAUCACCUACGGAUACUACAACAAGGCCGUCCUGGAGAGUAAGUGGCCGUCAACCAAUCAGGGCGGCCGUCUACGUUGGGUCAAGCUGAGGAACGUCCUAUUGGCUGUGGCUCAGUUCAGACGACCAAUCAGACGGCGGCAGAAGAGCGACUCUCUGGGCUCCCGGGGAGAGGCGGGGGUGGAACCGGACCAGAAGCUCCUCCCACACUUGGCUCUGAUUCGUCAGUCCAGUUGGAGCGGUCUGAGUGAGAGCUCCAGUCACGAGUCUCUGAGCGGUCCUCUGGUGAAGAGCAGCAGCCUGAGCAGCAUGAAGACGCACAGUGACAAGACCCAGUCCUGUAGGAGGACUGUGGAGUCCAAGAUCAACGGUUGUGGGGACGCCGUCUCUCAGAAGCCUCCACUGGGACGACGAGACGUCUCCGUCCCUCCUGCUGCGCCCCCUGGUGGUGUGGUGGUCCGCCGCAGUGAGAUCUGCCUGUCCACCUUCUACUCGGAGUGUGCCGAGUCCGCAGACUCAGAGCUGGACUGCAGCUGCCGGCCGGAGGACAGAGACGGCAGGUCUGACAGGCCACGAGGCUCCGCCCACAGGAACAAGGUCAUAGACGAGAACUCCAACAACGUGUCGUCUCCGAGCCGAGGAGGUCUGACAGGAAAGCUGCAGCAGCUCCUCACGCCAACCCGACAUCGCACAUCGUCACGCAGAGCCGCCAGCGUGGACCACCGGCGCUCAGGAGGAGGAGGAGGAGGAGGAGGACGAAGAGUAUCAGAGCAGAGGCAGGCCAGGAAAUCACACGUGGCUGAAACUCUGCUGAAAGCUAAGGAGCGUCUGGUGAACGCCACGUCAGAGAGCUCUCUAUCCGUAGGAAGUGACGUGGACCUGUCGGACACGCCCACACAGGCGUUCCCUGUGCGCAGGUCGUGGGACUGCAGCCAUGACGGGGCAGGGAUGGAGGUUCUGAUGUCCAGCUGCUCACUGUGCCGCAGCUGUAACUCUCUGGUUUACGACGAGGAGAUCAUGGCGGGCUGGAGCUCCGACGACUCCAACCUGAACUCGUCCUGCCCGUUCUGCGGCACCUCCUUCGUGCCGUUCCUGAACGCUGAGAUCUGUGACCUGGGGCCCGUCAGCAGUGCGGAGCGCCGUCACCUGAACCUGGAGGACGAGGUGGAGAGCGCCGUCAGGCCCCCCAGCGGUCUGGAGCCCGGCACCCGGCCCCACUGUAACGGACUGAGUGACGACUCCAGCUCCGAGACCAGCAGCUACUCUGAGACCAGCAGAACCACCACGGUGUCGUCGGCGGGCGGGACUCCUCAGGUGGCGGUGCCCUACCUGAGCCCUCUGGUUCUGAGGAAGGAGCUGGAGAGUCUGCUGCAGAAUGAAGGCGAGGCGGUUCUGGCCCAGCCUCAGUUCCUGGACAACCACUCCAUCAUCUUCUGGAACCUGGUCUGGUUCUUCCAGAGGCUCGGCCUGCCCACCAACCUGCUGCAGCUGGUCCGGAGCUCGCCGCUGGUCAGCCACUUCACACAGUCUGAGAACUCCUCGGUACGAGUCCGGCUCCUCUGGGACACCCUGAGCCCCGACACAGACCAGUGGCCCCCCCUCUACGUCCUGUGGAGGAUCCACAGUGAGUGGCGUCCCCAUGAGGAGCUACAGCUGGAGGAGACACAACCACCCCUUCACCCUGUCCUUCCUGGAGGAGGUGCUGCGCUGGGUGGGCAUGAACGAGGUCCACAAGGCCGUCACGCUCCUCCUGGACACGCUGGCCAAGCAGCCCGGCUCGCCACGGACCCAGAGGAGUCUGUACAGAGAGUUCCUGUUCCUCACUCUGGCAGCGAUGGGUAAAGACCACGUGG